AUGGCCAAACCAUCGCAGCUGGGACUUCUCAAUCUGGUUAUGCAAAGGCUGUACACCAAGGCUCUUCGGGAUAUUAGCAUUCCGGAUUAUGUCGAGACGCGUAACUGUAAGGCCAGCUGCUCGUCUAAGAAAGCCCAUUUCAACAGCCUGUACCCGGAUUCGAAGUUUUUCAGCGAUGGUCCACGACUUAUGUGCGAAAAAAUCUGGAAGAAAAUUCAGGAUCACUACAACGAAUGCAGUAGAACAACGCCUGAAAGCCGUUGGAAAAUGGCAUCGUCCUAA